GUGUGUGUGUGUGUGUGUGUGUGUGUGUGUGUAAUCCCAAACCCGAGUGGCCCGUGCAGAAGGCCGGGGGUAGGGCCGAGCAAAUGGAGCAAGGCAAAUGAAGCACGAAAAAACAGCGAAGAAUCGCAAAAAAAACCUACAGCGCGGUUUUCCAGGAGCGUCUUUUCCGCCCCGUCUUGCUUUUCCGUGAUGUCUUGCUCGGCGGAGUGACGGUACAGAUGAGGAGAUGACGUUAUGGAAGACGAUGUGACACAGCGAGGAAGACGACCUGCAGUGUGCGACCGACCCUCGUUGAUGCUAAGAAACGUGUGUUUCUGAUCAAACGCCGGUCUACGCCACAUCUGGGUCAACACCUGGCUCGGAUAGAUGUACACAUGGGUCACACACUACAUAAGUGACGCGGAAAUUUUUAUUUAAAAACAAAAAACAUUCGAUCAGAACCGACGAACACCCGGGCCGAGCUUGGACGCAGACAUCGGUUGCAGUCAUGUCCCUCUCUACGGUGCUAGCGAAAGCGUUGUAUGACAAUGCAGCCGAGAGUCCGGAAGAGCUGGCUUUCCGGAAAGGUGACAUCUUGAUGGUGCUCGAGCAGGAGCAAGAUGGAUUGCCAGGCUGGUGGCUUUGCUCUCUUCACGGACGCCAAGGCAUCGCCCCUGCUAAUCGUUUACGGCUCCUCCAUACAGCACCAGAAGCUCGCCGUGCUCCCAGUGUGGACUCGGUUUAUCUUUCUCCUGUCCAUCAGGGACAUGUUAACGGCCACCGCCUAGAAGAUGGCGAUGGAGUGUAUCUCUCUCCUCCAAGUCUGGCUGAAGGGGUGUACCAGAGUCCUGGAGGGGCUUCGGGACCCAGCAGUCGCCCACGCUCCCAUUCCAGUUCUGGUGCCAGGCCACGGCCUGAAUGGGCAGAUAUUGGUGUUGAAGGACGUCCACGCUCACCUUCUCUCAGAGGACGGGCAGGAGAAGUGGGUUCAUUGUAUCAGACUCCUGCCACAAUUGCACCACUAGGGGCACAGUACAGAUCUCAGGGUGCUCCUGAGUCAGUGUACCUGUCACCCAGUGCUGUGCCCAGAUCUUCAGCCGAUUCAGGUGGCGAGGCUGCUUAUCUGAACGCGAGAGACUCGAGCAUCCCAGGUCACUCAGAUGCCUGCUAUUUGGUUCCUCGGCCAACUGUGGCAACUUUACCCGGUGAGGAUUUUUAUCAGACUCCCGUGAACACUACUCCUGUUAUAGGGCUUCAAGAUGGUGUAAUCAGCCAAGCUAAAGCCAGUCAGGAGGUUCCAGGAAUGUACCAAAGUCCAACUACGCCAGGGACAGCGAUGACAAGGACUCCACAAGCCGAGCGUAAACUAUCUGCUGGAUCUGUGGUGGUAUCGGCUGCCUCAGGACAGAAUGUAAACACACCCCCUACAAGCAGGUCAGCUACCAGACCGCAGGGUCAGUGUGCCACUCCCCCGGUAGGUCGUGGAAAAACAUCACAAGCUUCCGUGAAGGGAUCCCCUCUGUUUGUCCGAACUGGGAAAACAGGUCUGCCAGGGUCUCCUAACUUUGGCCGGAAGCCUCCUCCACCAGCACCGCCAGUUAGGAGUGUGACUCGGAAGGAUUUACCUCAGGGUCAGGCAGCAUCACCGGUCACAAAACCCACUAUGCAGACACCCACAGAGAGUGUGACAGACGACAAACAAAGACAGACGUGUAAAGAGGGCGAGAAGAGAAAGGACCUGCAGACGAUGCAGAAAGAGUGCAUAGAUUCUGAUGAUGGAAUCCAUGGUGACCAGGUGUAUGAUACGCCUCCUACAAACAGAUGGCAGCAGCCAGUUUCCUCAGUAUCUGUUGAAGAGAGCGAGAGCAUCUAUAACACCCCCCGUGCCGUCCCCUUACACACAGAGCAGGGUUUGGAGAUUUACGACGUUCCCACCCAUGCCUUGAAUCCUCUCUCAGACCUCCAGCAGCAGACCUACAAUGUCCCGGCAACACUUCCACUGAGCGAAGACAUAGAAGAAGACGUGUACAGCGUUCCAAGUCUUCCAGGUCUGCCUUUAGACUCUGGUGAAAUGCCUGGAUCAGUGGGUGAAGCCAGAGGAAACGCUGAGGUUUUCUCCAUCCCUAACUCUGGAAAGUCAGAAUUAGUGUCUGAGGAUGUCUCUGAAGUAGACGGUGGCAUUUACGACAUGCCCGCUCUCUCCUUGGACGUUCCCGCGUGCCGUCUUUCCGCAUCCAGCACAGGGUCAGGUGACAUCCAGUGGAAAAGCUCUCUCUCUUCUCUCGUCCAAACAGCUCUGAGCUCAGUCUCGGUCGCCGGCACACCUUCCCGGGACCUGGCCGCAUCGCUGGCUGAGAUCGUGUCUGUUUGGAAAGCGGGACAUUCUGGCGAAGGUCCACCUUCGCUUCAACAAGCAUGGUCUCGCCUUGCAGACCUCCUUCCUGCCCUCUCGGUGUGCGGUUCUUCCCCUCCAGCGGACGGUCUGCUCACGAUGGUCCGCCGAGCUCUUGAAGACACCGCCACCUUUUUGCAGAGUCAAACAAGACCCCGUCUGCCCUCUCAAGAGUCUCUCUCAAGGAGGCCUCUCCCUGCUUUGCCGGUUGCCGAGGUAAAACCCAUGGCAGGGGGAAUGGGAUCUCGCAAGGGCAGUUGGAUCCAGGAGCGCCCGCUCCCCCCUCCUCCUGUUCCCGCGUUUCCGUUACCCCCAGCACCAGUAUCUCUUCCCCUUGCUGGAGAGAUGAGUGACGACGAGCAAGGGAAUGAGUAUGCAGGGAUCGGGCUAACACCUCCCCCUCCAUUGUACCCUGCAGGAGACAGUGUAGGAUACGUCAAGCUGCAGGGAAAGCCUGAGCCACCUCCUGACUCUCAGGUUGAAACUUCGCAAGUCAUCUCUACAAAUGAUACCAGAUUGAGUCCCUCUCCUCCUCUCCCCGUCUCUUUGUCUCUUGAGGACUCGGAGCUUCUCUCCUUCUACUCAUCCCAAAGCCUGUCUCAUCUCUCCUGCCUGGCCGAUGCCAUCGACUCGCUGUUCAGCAGCGUCCAGGGGAACCAGCCGCCGCGGAUCUUUGUUUCCAGAGGAAAGAGUCUCAUUGUGACGGCACACAAGCUUGUUUUUAUCGGAGAUACGCUCGCUCGACUCCUCAGCUCCACUGACCUCAGGGCAAAGGUCACCACCUCCAGUGGACGUCUCUGUCAGGCCCUGAAGUCUGUUGUCGUUGCCACCAAAGAUGCAGCUCAGAAUUACCCAUCCGUCCAAGCUACACAGGAAAUGGUGGACAGAGUGGCUGAGCUAUCCCAGCAUGCCGCUGGGUUCUCUGGGCUCCUUCAGCGACUAGCAGAAAUAUCUUGAUGUUUUCUGUCUUUUUUUUUUUUCAUGACAAUGCCUUUUUUCAUGACAAUGCCUUAUUUGUAGUGUAUUUUUCUUACAUUUUUUUGUGUUUGUAGGCAAAAAGGUAUCAUGAUUGUGUCAUCACACCGGUACUCAGUGAUUUGAUGGUGAAGUGUUGAACUGUGCCUCGAGAUGGUUUAUAUACGAUUGUGUGUGUGUGUGUGUGUGUGUGUGUGUGUGUGUGUGUGUGUGUGUGUGUGUGUGUGUGUGUGUGUGUGUGUAAGUGGGACUGUACCGGUUUGUGAUUUGUUUAUCUUUAUUUGUGCCUAGCACACGUCUGUGUGUCUUAACUUAUUGGUGGGUAUUUGUUUUGGUGUGAGGACACGCGUUGCACGUUUCGUCGUGGUUUCUUUUUUUUUGUAUUGGUUCGGUUUACGGCAACUGCUGGGAUGGUAACUCUUGUUUACGUCAGGUGCAGUUAUUUUCCUUUUCAUGUGUACAAAACAAAAGGCUACUGGGUACUUUUUUGUAUUUUUUUUUUUUUUACGUAGCCUUCAUUUCACCUCCCUCUGCCCUUAAAUCUCAUGUGACACAUUUGCUUUUCAUAAGCAUAUUUAGUAUCGGCUUCGAUGUGUGUUUGUGCAGAAAUUCAAAAAGGUUUUUAUUUCUAAGGGAAUUGGUUGGGCCACCUGAAGCAGGGAUCUUUUUUUUUUUUCUUUUUUUCCUGCGAUCAUUUGUAAUUUUGUCUUUUCCCACGAUGGUGAAUAAGUGUGAAACCUGUCAAGCAGGUUUCACUCCUUCUUUUCUGUCUAUUUCUCACAGCCGUCCGUUUCUUUCUUUUUUUGUCCCCAUUUUUUCUCGCGUCACCGCCGGUUCUGCAUGUACAGACAAAAGCAUGACCAUGGGAAUGCAGUUCUGGGAAAAUACUCUCCACUAUUUUAAUCAAUAAACCAUCAUUAAAAAACCAAAAACAGAAGCAGAUAUACUCUAUGUGGAAAGUUGUAAUCUUUUCGCACUUCAACUGGAAUCCAGACAAUAUAUAAUCAAUCAGCUUUUAGUAAGAAUUGCUGGAAAUACUGUAUAAUAAUGUAGGCAGGAACAAUUCAUGAGCAUGGGCUGUUCUUAACUUUCUGUGGAGCAUCCACAAGUCCAGACACGAGCCUGUUGCCUGUCUGUCCUGCGUCCUCAUGGUUACACUUUCCGGUAUACAGAGUCAAGACACAACACUGGGACAUCGUUACAAAUAUUCCAUAUGUUUCAUUGUCUUAAUCUUCGUCUUUAAGAUGCGCUUUUCCCAGCAACGCGAUGGAAAACGCCCUGUAUAUUGUUUCAUCACCUUUUCAGUGUUCGCUUUAAGGUCAUGUACAGACAUGUCGGAUGAGUCGAAAGAUGCCAACAAAACUUCUUAUUGCCAUUACAUUUAUUGCCAUAUUAUUCUAGAAUAGUGCAGCUUUAGGCAUAUGAAUACAUGCAAUAUUAAUAUUUCUACACGAUUAUAACGGCUCGAAGAAACUUGCGGUCAAUUUCCAGGUCAAAAAAACAGGACGGGAAAGCGAAGAGCAGAAAUUAAUAGCAAUUUCUUAAAAAAGUUCACUUCCUUUGACCUCUGUACAGGCACAGGAGUUCUGUCAUGUCCAGAUGGCAGUGUAUAACCCAAUUGAAAAAAUGAAAAUCACAUGUUAUAUUUAAAACAAAUUAUUUUGUUUACACCUGGGUACAAAUGUAAACAUAGUGUUUAAAAAAAGUUCAGAUCUCAUCUCAAACAGGGAUGUUUUGCUCCUUUCACCCAGCAAGUGAAUAUUUGGAUUUGUUUCUGGUUAUAAAAUGCUGCAUUUGGCUAUGAGGUGAUGAUUAAAGCUGGUGCCCUACUGGCUUCACUCAACAAGCAGCAAUGUGAAUUAAGUGGAUUAAUUCAGUUCUUUCUGGAUAUGUUUUGAACACAAAUAAGUUUGUGUGGUACGAGUACUUAUUUAUACCAAACUUGGUGCACUGUGUGAUGAGUAAAUUGUGAUGUCACAAAUGUGGAAAAGGUCUAGCAAGGGAAAAUGGCGGAAAGUUGACAAGUGAUUGCUACAGGGAGCAUUGUAAAGCAAGGGUAUUUGAAAAAACACAAAGGCGUACAAAGCUCAGCUUUAUUUCUUUCGCCACAUUCUACCCUGCCUUACACCGCCACCAAGUGGACCAGUUCAGUAUUACACUCAUAGUUGACAUUUUCUAGUUUGAUUACACUUCUCUACAGCUCUUUACACUAAUCUCAGAUUCAGAGGCUUCUAUGACAAUUUUUUAAUACUCACUGUUCAACUGUUAAAAAUAAGUUUGUGUUGUGCUUUGUUGGUUUUACAGAAAUCAUUUUACUCGUAUUUAUUGUUUUUAUUUUAGUAAAUGUAUGCAUGAUUCCCCCCUCCCAUAAAAUAUAUAUGCACAUGUAACCAGGGAUUUCUCCAUGCAACAAGUCAAAACGUUACUUUAAUGUAAUGUGGAGAUGUUUUUCCUUCCUUUUUGUACCAGAAUGUAUUUUUUACACUCAUUUCCUUUUCCUUGUUUUACAACUUUCUGGGUGCUUAUUGGAGCUUGACCUACUCCGGUACUUGUCAUUAAUGCAAUUUAAUUUCAAAUACAGUUUUUUUGUUAAAAUGAA